AGUCUCGAGCAGGUGUCCAACAUGGCGAUCACGGGAAACGGAUCUCUCACUAUUUCUCUCUCUGUUUUCGUGAUUUCAGCGGCGUUUCUUCUAAAAGGAGCCGCUGAGACCUUGUCAGUUGAAGGUCAAAACCUGGGGACUGAUAAUGUGUCAGUGAUCGAGGGGGAGAUGGCGACCAUCAGCUGCAGGGUGAAGAACAAUGAUGACUCAGUCAUCCAGCUCCUUAACCCCAACAGACAGACCAUCUACUUCAGAGACGUCAGACCCCUGAAGGACAGCCGGUUCCAGCUGGUGAAUUUCUCCGACAACGAACUGCGGGUGUCUCUGUCCAACGUGUCUCUCUCAGAUGAGGGACGCUAUGUGUGCCAGCUCUACACAGACCCUCCUCAGGAGGCCUACGCAGACAUCACUGUGCUGGUCCCACCAGGCAGUCCAAUCAUGGAUUCCCGAGAGGAUGUGGUCAGUGAGGGGAACGAGACAGAGCUCACCUGUACAGCCAUGGUCAGCAAGCCUGCCGCCUCCAUCAGAUGGAUGAAAGGAGAGCAAGAGCUGACAGGGGAGAUGACGGUGGAUGAGACCUAUGACAGGAUGUUCACGGUCACCAGUCGGCUGAGACUCACUGUGUCCAAGGAGGAUGACGGAGAGCCAGUCAGCUGCAUCAUCGACCACCCAGCCGUGAAGGACCUCCGGGCACAGAGAUACCUGGAAGUGCUAUAUCAACCAGAAGUGAAGAUCGUUCAGGCGUUCCCUGAAGGUUUAACGAGAGAGGGAGAGAAUCUAGAGCUGACUUGCAUAGCAAAAGGCAAACCACAGCCCCAUCAGAUCAGCUGGCUCAGAGUGGAUGAUGAUGUGCCAUCUCACACCGUGAUCACCGGCUCUGACCUCUUCAUCGAAAACCUCAACAAGUCGUACAACGGCACGUACCGCUGUGUUGCCUCCAACACCGUGGGAGAUGCCUACGAUGACUAUAUCCUCUUUGUAUACGAUGCUCCUACCACGAUCCCCACACCCACCACCUUGAACCUAGACAACACCCAAGACUCCAGAGCUGGUGAGGGGGCGCCACAGAAGAUAGACCACGCUGUCAUCGGAGGUGUGGUUGCCGUGGUGAUGUUCGCUAUCCUCUGUGCACUCAUCGUCCUGGGGCGCUACUUCGCCAGACACAAAGGCACCUACUUCACACAUGAAGCCAAAGGGGCAGACGACGCAGCAGAUGCAGACACGGCCAUCAUUAAUGCAGAGGGGGGACACAACAACACGGAAGAGAAGAAGGAGUACUACAUCUAAUGAUGAGAGGCCAUGGGGGUGUUAUGUUGAGGGGGGGGGGCGUCC